UGAAGUAGCCCAAUAAAUGACAUACUGGUGAGGAAAUAUCUUAGAACACCAUUAUCUUCUAACAUUCUCAUCUCUAUUGAGCGGGCAAAGACACCGACAAAGUGAAGAAGGAAGAAAAGCACAGAGACAUAAUCACACUCGUAGGAGAAGCUAAAGAGAGGGCAAACUGAUAAUUGAAGGAACAAUUUUACUAUACAGAGAAGUCAUUCCCGGCGUUGAAGCGUUUCUGAGCAAAGGGAAAGGAAAUGAGUUGGUGUUGUUGUAAUAGUGUUUGCACUUCAAGUUCUAGACAACUGUUGGCGACUAGUGAUUUGUCGAGCAUACCCAGUAGAGUAUCAAAUGUGGGUUUGAAGCAGAAGAGAAGCCUUUGCGGGGUACCAAAAGUUUUUGCUUAUUAUGGCCUUAAAACCCCACCUUAUAAGCUUGAUGCACUAGAACCAUAUAUGAGUCAAAAGAUGCUCGAGGUACAUUGGGGAGAGCAUCAUUGCGGUUAUGUUGAAGCUCUUAACAAACAACUUGAGAAGAAUGACAUGCUUUAUGGAUGCACCAUGGACGAACUUAUCAAAGUAACAUACAACAAUGGAAAUCCAUUACCUGAAUUCGGUGUUGCUGCCCAGGUAUGGAAUCAUGAUUUCUUCUGGGAAUCCAUGAAACCGGGAGGUGGUGACAUGCCAAAAUUAGGACUUCUUCAGCUGAUUGAGAAGGAUUUUGGUUCAUUUACCAACUUUAAGGAGAAGUUUAUAGAAGCAGCUCUCACAUUAUUUGGCUCUGGAUGGAUUUGGCUCGUCUUGAACAGAGAGGAGAAGCGUCUUGCAAUUAUUAAAACAUCAAAUGCUGUCAACCCUCUUGUGUGGAAUGACAUCCCCCUGAUUGGUUUGGACUUGUGGGAGCAUGCAUAUUAUCUGGAUUACAAGGUGACCCAUAGUUCUUCCUUUCUGCUUUCUGCAAAGAGAUUCUUUCUAAUGUGUCUGUCUUUGUUUCCUCUCUUUUCACAGAAUGAUAAAGCAAACUAUGUUAAUGUGUUUAUGAAUCAUCUUGUCUCUUGGGAUGUGGCAUUGGGACGCAUGGCUCGAGCACAGGCCUUUGUAAAUUUAGGCGAACCCAAAAUCCCUGUUGCAUGACAUGUUCCUCUAAGCAGUUCUUACAGCAUAUCCGUGUGCAAGAACAGGAAAUGGGCGGUUGCAAACACUUUCGGUGGGAAGAUAGCAUUCACGUGGAUAAAACGGUGGCGGCGAAGUUUAAAAAUCCACUUUUUGAUAGAGAUACUGCGACUUCACGUAUCUCUAGAGAUAUCGUUAAGUUCGACUCGCAAUUUAAGCUUGUGGAAGCUGAAGAAAAAAUUGAACUUUUGGAGGUCUUGCUCACCGGUUCCGAAAAAAAUGAAUUUUGCUGAAGUCUAAACUUAGAGACACUCAACACGAGAAAAUAGCCUUGAAAGAAAAACUUAAAUUGUGAAAAAUUAUUUGUGCUAUCUUGUUGUUGUUCAUUAUUUAUAUGUAUUUUGUUUAUUAAGUUUAAUAUUUCUGUGGAUUAUGUUUUUUACUAGUUGUACCUUUUCCCCUAUAAUGUAAUCCGCACCCUUUAUGUACUAAUUUAUUUUUGUUUCUUUGUUAAA